UUUAGGCUAACCAACGAAAUAGAUAAUUGAAAGUCGAAGUCAGUUCGAUUUACUAGUUCUACUGUAAAAUUAUUGUGAAUAUUUAUAUCAAUAUUUUGAAUUGGAUAUAAUUUGAAUUUUUGAAUAUUUUCUGUGUGCAUAACUUAUAAUAUAUUCAUAUAAAUUCAUAGUAUUCAUGAAAAAUUGCUUUAUUAUCUACAACUCUAAUCAUAACCUUAAUGAUGCUGGGAUUGAAAGUGUUGUUUAGAAUACCGGUUCGAUUAAUUUCAAAAACUGGGUAUCCCUUAACAAGUUCACUGCGAAAAUUUCCUACUGUUGAGUGCCAUCAUCAUUUAGUCAAAAAUCAAUUUCGUCACUUUAGUGAAGAUACGACAGCUAAUAAAUAUGAAAAUGAAAAUCCACCAUCACGACAACAAAUUGGUAAAAUAGAAGGCAGACUUCUGGUUGAAUUCACUUGUAAAAAAUGUAAUUUCCGAUCAUCUAAAACAAUUACGAAGUUAGCUUACAAAAAAGGUGUCGUAAUUAUUCGGUGCGAUGGCUGUCAAAACAAUCAUCUUAUUGCUGACAACUUGGGCUGGUUUGGCACCAACGACAAACCUCAGAAUAUUGAGAAAAUUAUGGCGAUGAAAGGUGAAACUGUCAGAAGAAUAACGAAAUAUGGCAAUGACACUUUGGAAGUAGUUGAGAAUCAAGAAGUAUUAGAUACUAAGUCUGUAAAUAAAGAAUAACAAUACUGUUGAAUAAAUAAAAUAUACAUGUGAUACUUUUUUGUAAAUUUUUUUAUCUGUAGAUUUUAAUUUCAUAGAAAUCCAGCUGAGCUUUUGUAUUCUUGAGUAUCAAAUUAUUAUAAAUAAACUUAUGAUUUUGA